CGUUCACGUAUUUUGUUUCGAACAAAAGCCCCUAACCCUUCUUCGCUCCAGCACCCGAAUCUGGUUCCCCCACUUCCUCGGUUCAUCUUCUCUGCGUUCGCACCUGUGGAUUUGGAGCUGAACCUCUGAAGUGAACCGCGUCGGACCAAGAGACUCGAGGAAUGCAUCCUCAGCAGAGAGUUUGGUGGUUGUUCUGUUUACUUUAAAUUCAUGAAAUUGGAGCACAAUGGCAAGCUAUUCGGGAAAAGGAGCCCCUUCAAAUGGAUCUGUGUAUAUAUGCAACUUGCCCUAUGGAACUGAUGAAAAUAUGUUGGCUGAAUAUUUUGGCACCAUAGGGUUACUGAAGAAAGACAAGCGAACAGGUCGUCCAAAGAUAUGGUUAUACCGAGACAAAGUGACAGAUGAGCCAAAAGGAGAUGCCACAGUAACAUAUGAAGAUCCACAUGCUGCAUUAGCUGCUAUUGACUGGUUUAACAACAAGGAUUUUCAUGGUAAUAUCAUUGGAGUUCAUUUAGCAGAGUCAAAAAGCAAAGAUGACCACACAUAUAACUCAGGGGGAGAUCCUAGUGAUGCUGGUGAUUUUGGUGGAUCAGAGGAAAAUGCUUGGAAUAUGAAUGGGGGUGGUGGAAGAGGAAGAGGUCGGGGUGAUGCUUCAGGAAAAGCAUGGCAACAAGAGGGGGAUUGGUUGUGUCCGAAUACAAGUAGUUGUACAAAUGUGAAUUUUGCAUUUCGUGGUGUAUGCAACCGCUGUGGAAGUGCUCGACCUGCUGGUGCCUCUGGUGGUGGUGCAGGGGCUGGUGGAAGUGGCAGGGGACGUGGUGGCCCUGACUCAGGGGGGCAGAACCGUGUAGUUGGUGCUGCUACUGGUGGACUAUUUGGUCCAAAUGAUUGGCCUUGUCCAAUGUGUGGUAAUAUCAACUGGGCAAAGCGCACAAAAUGCAAUAUUUGCAACACAAAUAAACCCGGUACCAGUGAGGGUGGUGUCAGAGGAGGACGUGGUGGAGGUUACAAAGAACUUGAUGAAGAAGAAUUAGCGGAAAUUAAGCGACGUCGGCGGGAGGCCGAAGACGAUGACGGUGAGGUGUAUGAUGAGUUUGGCAAUCUGAAGAAAAAGUUCCGUGCUAAAGCGCAACAAGCUGAAGCUGGACGAGCACUACCAGGUUCUGGGCGUGCUGGAUGGGAGGUUGAGGAACUAGGCGUGAUAGAAAGAGAAGAUAGGCGAGAGAGAAGCAGAGACAGGGGAAGGGAUCGGGAUGAUAGGGAGAGUAGCAAGAACAGAGAACGAGAUGGCAGGGACCGGCGUCGGAGUCGAAGUAGAGAGAGAGAUAAUGCAAAAGAUCGGGACCGGGAUUACGAUCAUGACAGAGAUAGAGAAUACAGCCGGGACAGGGACCGUGAUCGGGACCGGAGCAGGCACCGCUAUUGAAAAAUUGCAGCAGAUUCUCUGACUUUUGAUCAUUGUUUUGGUUGUGUCACUGGCUUUUGAGAUACUACUAAGAUGGUCUUUUGCUUCCUUACUGGGAAGAAUGGCAUUGGCGUUGAACUCCGUUUGACAUGGCAUUUUUAGCUUGUAUGCUAAAAAUACGAGACUGCCUCUUUACCAGUUUUUGAAACUUCAUUAAAAACAGUGAUCCGUGGUGUCAUGUGAACUUGUUGUCCAUAUCCCUUUAGGAAGUAUUUGGAUGUAAACCUGACGUGGAAUUAUUAAUCAUUAUGCUAAGAUGACUCAAUCACCUUAAAAUUCUAUUUUUUA